AUGUAUCUAAAUCAAAUUACAGAUCUAGCGUUUUAUGAAGAUUUGAAAACGAAAUAUUCAAGCGAUGCAUAUGAGCCAGUUACAACGUCUAUGAAGGAAUCCAUAUCGAAGAAUAUAAAUUGCGACGAAUUUUCAGAUUACGCGCUAAAUUGUACAAUAGAAGCGGCCAUGAUGUAUAAUUCCAGUAGAAUGACGCCGCCAGUGCCGACUAAGAUCGGUGAUUGGUGUAGAGCAAUAAAGCAUCUGAUAAGCUGCGCGAUAGAUUGGAAUGUGGAUUGCAAAGACGUCACUGAGAGCCACUUCAACGAAGAUAGCAUUAAGGGCCAUAUACACGUCGCCAAUAAUGUUUGCGACGAUGAAUGGUUAUUGUUACGCUACGAGGAGUUAUCGGAGUGUAUUGAUAGCACUCAAGACCCUUGGGAGGCUUGCUACAAGGCGUUCAAGAAAUCCGUCGAAGAACAAAAGAAUACGACUCACGAGUGGACGCAUUAUGAUGUUCAUUUUAACCUGUGCUGUACCAGGGCCAGAUUCAGACGUUGCACGCUGGAGGCGCUGUUCGACCUACCAACCAGUUGCACUCACAACCAAGCGGUGACAUUGCAGAAGUUCUCGGUCAUUGUGUCUGAAGGGGGCGUGUAUCAGGACUGUGACCGCAACAUGAUGUAUCCCAAUUGCCCCGGUGGCGACCCACGGCCCACUGGCAAAAUGCUGCGUCGGUUGUCUUAUGAGUCUUCGGUGCUUCGCCCCUCCGUGCCGCAGCACGUACUCCGUCCACUAGAUGGCACGCUCUAG